AUGUCGACGCCUACUGACGCAGCUGCCGCCGACCAGGUGGUCGCAUCCGGAUCUGGAGAAGCUGCUGCUGCUAAGAGCAACGGCUUGCACAGCAACAAGUCGGGGUGGGACGGCAAGCUACGCCUGGACCAGAACAAANAGGCCGUACUGGCAAACCCAGAGGCUCUGUCGGAUCCCGAGUACUCUGACGAAGACGCCCCUCCGGUCGAUCAGAUUGAAGCAGACGAAGGAGAUAGACGUCCAGCACAGCCGCGUGUCAUCCAUUUCUGCCCUCCGCCUCGAACGCUUCAGCAAAGUCAUCGUGAGUCUACACGCGCCCUCCAACUUUACACGCAGCGAAGACUGACUCCCUCUCUCAGNNAAACUGUGUUUGCGCCAAAACUCCAUUUCCUCCAUCGAACUCCCCGAAUCCCUCGCCACUACUCUCCGAGACCUCGAGCUAUACGACAAUCUCAUCUCGCACAUCAAAGGUCUCGACUCCUUUACCGAGCUGCGCAGCUUGGACCUGANNGUUACAACAAGAUCAAACACAUCAAACGUGUCGAUCACUUGAAGAAGCUCGACCAUCUCUACUUUGUCCAAAACAAGAUUUCGCGCAUCGAGGGCUUGGACGGUCUAACAAACCUCACAUACUUGGAGUUGGGUGCCAACAGAAUCAGAGAAAUAUCGGGCCUGGAAACUCUGGUCAAUCUUGACUCGUUAUGGCUCGGUCAAAACAAGAUUACUGAGCUCAAGGGACUUUCCACUCUUACGAAACUAAAGACCCUGUCCAUCCAAGCAAACAGAAUCACAUCAUUGGAAGGGCUCAAGGAGCUACCUCAACUCGAAGAGCUGUACAUCUCCGAUAAUCUGUUGAAUUCUCUCGAGCCUCUCUCGUAUGCCCCCAACAUUCGAAUUCUAGACGUUCAGAACAAUCCCAUCACUUCGCUACGUGGUGUUUCAGCACUGGUCCAUAUCGAAAACCUCUGGGCAACAAGCUGUAAGCUGGAACGUUUCGAUGAGCUCGAAAAAGAGCUCGGUGACAAGAAGGAGCUCUCCGAAGUCUACUUUGAAGGAAAUCCUUUACAAAAGUCCAACCCCGUUCUGUAUCGCAACAAGGUCCGCUUAGCUCUGCCUCAGGUCUCGAAGAUUGAUGCCAGU